CAUGGACGGUCAGGAGAGACUUUUGCGCCAGGCUCUGCAGAGUACUUGUCAAUUGCGUGACUCUGUUCGGCAGACGUUUGAGGAUCUUUUGAAAGUACCUAUACCGCCAUCCUUAGUUUCCAGCGAUCACAAGUCCGGCAAGGCCCGCGAGUCACUAUUGAAAGCUCUAAAAAGCAAUCUAACUAACGUCAAUAAGGCGUUGGGGGAGAUUGAGACUGGCGUGUCGAGUCUUGAGAAAUUAGACAGCAAAACCCUCAGUCUUGGCAACAGUGGAUUGUUGAGUUUGGAUGGUGAAAGCAGUUCACUUGCUGUUUAUAGCAAGUUGUUGAAUGGCCUUGAAUGGUCGAAGAAAGUAAAAUCAAACGCUAGAAUUGUUUCUGAAGCUUUGAAAUCAAAUCGAAAAAGAGAAGCUCCAAAGGUAGACGGAGAAAGUGCGAAAAAAUCAACUCUUGGAGAUAGCAGGAACAGUCUGCAAGAAGUAUUGCUGGAUCUUCAGAGUAGUCACCCUGAAACGCAGCUACAGCAGACAGCAACUCCUGAAGGAUUCCCUGUGCUGCAAGUUUCAGUUGGGAAAGCAUUUGGAGUCUCUAUUGGACUAUCUAGACUGCGUGUAGAACAGCUAGUGGUAAGAAGUAUUUCUGAACAACAACAUCCUGAAGACAUAUGGACUGCCUCCAGAAGUUCUGUCUUACAAAAACUUUCUGACAAAGCAAUGGCUACUGCUUUGAAGUUGCAGUUGAAACACAUGCCAGUUGAUGUACUAGAUCAUCUCUUGACAUGGUUGAAAGAUCAGGCAUCAAAUAAUCCUGUUCAAAUGGUGAUACCCAAAUAGAAACUGAGCCAAUUUGUUUAAUUAAUAGUACACUAUGGGAAUUUGCUGAAUUCGCAGUGUCUUUUAAUAGAAGUAGUAUUUA